AGGAGGUCAGUCCCCGCUGCGGGCAGCCGCUCCGAGGAGCCCAGCCCCGAGGCCGCACUUGCUCCGGGCGCUGUCCCGCACCUUCCCGCAGGCGCGGCCGGAGAUGCCGGGGAGACGGCUGUGGUGGGCGCGCUGCUGGCUCGGCGUCUGCCUCUCGCUGCUGGGCGCGGGGGGCGGCAGCGCCGAGCCCUGCCGCGGUCCCCCCUGCGGCGGCGGCGGCGGAGGAGAGGCGCCCCCGCCGCCCUGCCGCGGGGCCCGCUGCGGCGGCAGGGCCGGCCGCCCGGCGCGCUCCUUCCUCCACACCGCCACGCCGCUGCGGCCGCCGCAGGGCAAGGCGCCGCCCGUCGCCCCUCACGCCGCCCCGCCGCCCCGCCCGCCGGCCGGCAGCGCCCCGCACCCCGCCGCCAGGGGGGGCGCGCCGGAGGCCUGCCCCGGCGGAGGCUGCGCCGCCAACGGCACCCGCCGCGACUGCCAGGGCCUGGAGUGCCGCCUGCCGCCCCGCCUGCGCCCGCGGCCUCGCGGCCCGGGCUGCGCCGCCGCCGCCGAGGGCUGCCCCGAGCCCGCCCUGCUGCGCGCCGCCGAGAGAGCCGCCCAGUUCGCGGGGGACGACUUCGCCUACGCCGGCCCCGAGCUGGGCGGCGGCGCCCUGGGGGUGCAGCUCACCUGCGACGUCAAGCCAGGAGAAAAUGAAGUUCCAUCUGAAGAUGCCCUAAUACUACAGCUGUACCUUGCAAAAGGGCAUGAGAAGUUUACUGAAAUGCUAAAAAGCCAACAGCAGAUAAUUGUCGAUUUGCAGCAAAAACUUGCUGAACAGCAGCACGUAUUGGUUAGCCAGCAACGGGAGAUUCUUGAACAGCAAAGAAAAAUGUAUGAACAAAUGGAUCUGAUCAAAGUCCAGUAUGGCAUGCUUUUUGAUACGGUGAAACAAAUGUCAUUUCAGAGUUUGCAAGAAGAUAUUCAAAAUUAUUUUGAAAGUCAUCUUCAAGGACUUCAGAACCAGGACAGAGAUGAGUGCACUGAAUCUCCAAGCAUUUGUGGUGAGAGGAUAAAAUGCCUGAAUACUCCGGGUGGUUUCCGAUGUCUUGGAAUUGCUGAGAAAGAUGCAGCUUUGGGACUGUGUGGAGACGAGUAUUUCUUUAAUAAGGAAAUGCAGGAAUGCCAGGCGUGUUUAAAAUGUGAAGAUGGAAUGGUGGCCAUGCCUUGUUCUACUGUCAGUGAUACAGUUUGUUCAACAACCAGUGAAAACAAGCUCUCAGAAUCUUGGGCUGCAAACAUCAUUCUACCCUCUGUAAAGUCUGGCAUCUCUCAGGUCUACUCUGGCUUGAACUUGAAGAUAAAGGGAAAGCUUCCCUGUGAAAUCCUAUCUGUUGAAGAUAACAGCCUGGUAUUCAGGCAGCAUGGUCUGUUGUGGACUGACCUAAAUUUUGCAGUAAAGCACAACUGCAGGAAUUUUUUGCAACUUUCCUUAAAGCUAAAUGGCAGUGAGGAAGGCUAUGAACUGAGUGGUGUUCGCAUUGAACAGCCAGAAGGAAAGUAUUUCCAGAGCACUAGUUUAAGCAGUGCUGCUGAAGUGGAGCCCAGCCAAACUCUUUCUGUGUAUUUGAGGAGCCCCAAUCAAUUCUGCAAUCAAAGUAAAGACUUAAAUAUUUAUGAUCUUAAUACCCCACUCAGUUUGUUUUGGUUGUCCCAUGACACGGGUGCUGUGGCACUCAGUGCACAGAUGUCAACAGCAAUGCAUUACCAAACCAACUAUCGACCUACCUUUAAAAUAAUAUCUGUUUCCGACCCUUACAUGCUAAGUUUAUCUCAUGAUGGCAGAGCUAUAAAGUUCACUGAAACUGGUGUUGUCAAAUUUGUGUUCCACCAAGCAUUGUAUUCCAUGGGUCAUACGUGCGUCCGGGAGGGCUUCUCCUUAAUUUCUUAUAUCAAUAGGAAUGGUACCAACAGAGAAUUAAUGAAUGUAUUUAAAUCUGGGGUAAACUACAGAGACACAUCAAUAUCUGCUUCUGGGGCCACAAAAGUUGGUGCUGGAGAUCUGAUUAGCUUUGAGAUACUUUCUCCUGCACAGUGUAAUGUUCGGUAUUUUGGAGAUAGUUCUGGAAUUAGUAUCUUUAGCCUCAUCUGGAUCCCUUCAGCGGUUUCUAGUGCCAUAUCAGCCACAGUUUCUGUUACAGGUCUGCCUACUGGAGCUGUGAGAAACAAAUUACUGGAUUUCACCCAGGUCUCAUCCAAUGAGAAACAGAUACAGCUGGUUUCUUCUGGACAGCUUGCUCAGAAGUAUUUCAUUUUUACUGAAAAGGGAGUUGCCAGCCUUGCAUUUAAUUUGAAGCUAAUCCACUCAUGCAAUGUGCUCAAAAUGACUCUCAAUCAGUUGACCAUGGAUCACAUGCAACCCACAGCGAUUGCUCAGCAGAUUGGAGGUCAGAUGCCAGAGGGAAGCAUAUGGACCAGUGUGUCCCUCCGUGCAUCUUUUGAAGUAUAUAAUGGAACACUGAUAGCAGUUUCUCUUGACUGUGUGCGUGGAAGGAUCAAUCAGAUCACUCAUGAACAUGGAACUAGUAUAUCUAUUUUAUGGAUUUCAUCUUAACUUCUGUACAGUGAAGGUAGCACAGAACUGGGGUUUAAAUUGCAUUUGGAUUCUACUCUGAUUCUAUACAUAUUUGACACCUUAUACUGUGUCGACAUGAGCAGAUUGUCCCACUAAAAUGCUCUCAAUUUUUAGGAACAUUUAAAUAUAAUCUUAAUUGAAUGAUCAGUAUGUAAAGAAAAGAGAGCUUUCAGUGUUCCAAGAUUUUACUUCUUUUAACAUCUUCAGGCAGGGAAACUUUGAAUUCCGGUCAAACUCUCUUAUUUUUAAUAAAGCAGCCUCUUAAAAUGAGUUAUUUCUGGACCACAAGAAAUUGCAGGUGAGGGUAAAUACAUACCUUUUAGUACUGCAGCUGAAAGCAGCACAGCCAAAUAAUGGAAACCUGCUUUCAGUUUCUUCACUGCAGCAGGCUAAUAGCAAGACUAAAUGUACUUUGCGGCUAAUUUGUCUACAUCUUAUAAAAUGUUGUGCUUUCUAUAAAUGGAGAGAACAUGCCUCAGACUAGAGGUUAUACUAUGGUAACACUGGAGUAUACAUGCCUAAUCUUAUAGAAAUGGACAUGGGUCAAAAAUGGGACAUUGUUUAAUAACUGCUCUCAACAAAAACAUUAGAACUAA